AUGAGCGACAGUAUACCGCGGUACAAGAGGAAGAUGAAAGAAUGGGGCUUCAAGAAAAAUCACAAGUCUUCUGAGUGGCAGGCCAUUGAUAGAGGCUUAAACCGCCGCAGCCUUGACCAGAGCACCGCCAGAGUGACCAUAAAGGAUUCGACUCUAGGACCCAGAAAGAUCGAAAGAGGCCUGCGAAGACACGUUGUUCCAAGCUUAAAACGAAAAUGGAAGGCAGUGGACAGUCCAGAUACGCCUGAGCAUAUUCGUAUUGUCAAGGGGUUUCCACGUGAGCUGCUUCCACCCUGGCCCCUUGCGGCCAACUCCAAUGUCCCAUUGAAGGAUCUAGACUGGCCUGAAUCCCUCGUCGACUAUGUAUGCGGCAUUGACAAAUAUCGUGGGGGUCCCAUAUGCUUUCCUACCGCAUUAGAAUAUGCUAUGCGCGGCAAAUCGACUGCAGCGGUUGAACUCCUGCUCAAACGUGGUGCGGGUCUCUCAGCAUGCUUCAAUGGCGGGUCCCAUGGUAUUGUCAGGAGACUGAUUCAAGCAGGUGCCGACAUCAACAGCCCUACCCACAGCGUCCAAGGCCCGACGGCGUUGCAGUGGGCUGCAGUGCGAGGCGACAUAGACCUCCUCAAGUACCUACUAAGCCAUGGGGCAGACAUCAAUGCUCCUGCCGCCACAGAGUAUGGGUACACAGCGCUUCAAGCUGCAGUGCUCUAUGCAGCCGAAGAAGCUGUUGAUCUCAUUCUGGAUUGGGGUGCUGAUGUAAACUCAGAUACUAAAAAUGAACUUCUGUUUUGGAAGCUCAUCAAAGCAGGCACGGAUGUCAACCUGGUUGAAUGGGAGGACUGCGACAAUGAGAAUAACAAUCAUGUCUUGGUGGCUGCUGGCAGCAAGAGUACCAAAUUCUUCCGGUGGUUGCUGGACUUGGGCGUGGACUUUGAUACGUGUCUACGAUCUGGCUACACGCUAGGAGACAUGGCGUUAUUGCGGGCCAUCGAGGCAGACAACCCAACAAUGGUGCAUCGUCUCCUCGAAAGAAACACCAUUCUGAGUUCAGACAUUCUUACGCAGGCUCUUCACUCGCUUGCCCUUUACACGGACAAUGCCAACUAUGAGGUUGAAGUCGCACUGCUAGACCGCGGUGCAGAUUUGCGUUGCCAGCUGUGGUGCUCCCGAACUUUGUUGCAGAUUGCAUGCACCGGUUCCAGUCUGAAUCAUGUGCAGGAGCUGGUUCGAAGAGGAGCGGAUGUCAAUGCUCCCCCUUUACAAGUCCGUGGGCAAACAGCACUGCAAGCUGCAAGUGCCAGAGGACAUGUGCCUCUUGUUAAACUCUUGCUUGGCCAUGGAGCAGAUGUCAAUGCACAAGCGGCGCCAGAAUGGGGAUUAACAGCGCUUCAAGCUGCAAGCGCGGAAGGACAUAUCCCUGCUGCAAACUCCUGCUUGAUAACGGAGCGAACGUCAAUGCACAACCGGGGCCAGAGGGGGGGCGAACAGCACUGCAAGCCGCAAGCGCGGAAGGACAUGUCUCUUUUGUUGAGCUCUUGCUUGAUAACGGAGCGGACGCCAACGCUCCGGCGUGUGAGUGGAGGGGAGUAA